ACCCGCGUGUGGAGGAAAGCUGUGUAGCCUCCGAGGAAAAGCAGCCACAGUCCUGGCUGAUUCUGGCUGAUCCUCCUCACGAGGAGAGAUAAACCCACGCCUCUUUCUUUGAGAAAGGCAUUGUUUGCCUGUGUUCCAAGUGUAGCCUAUAUCCAAUGUCAGCUGGGUUCAGUGGGUGCGGGUGAGCUCCAACUCCCAUAUGCAAGUCCCAUCGUCCAGUGUCCAUCCCCCUCCAAACAGAGCCAGUAUGUAGAAUAGGUCAUGAGGGCUCCAUGUACCAUGUUUGGUCUUGAUCAGUCAUUUGUGUGGGUCGCGGUGCUCUCAGGAAGUGAGUGAAGGUAUUGGAAGUCCCAUCGUCCAUGGUCCAUCAUCCUCCAAACUGCACCUGGGUGUAGAGUGAGUCAUGGGUGUUCUCUGUUUGAAGUUUGGUCUUGAUGAGACAUUGAUGGGGGUGACAGUGGUCUCAGGAAGUGAAUGAAUAUACUGCAAGUCCCAUCAUCCAAGGUCCAAGCUCUUUCAAAUCUCACCAAGAUGUAGAGUGGGCCAUGGUGGCUCUAUGUGCCAAGUUUGGUCUUGAUCAGUCAUUGGUGGGGGUCACAGUAGUCCCAGGAAGUGACUGAAGAUAUUGUAAGUCCCCUCAUCCACAGUCCCUCUUCCCCCAAACUGCACCAGGAUGUAAAGUGGGCUACCCUGCACCUGCGUGUCACGUUUGAUCCAGUUUUGUCAUUCAUGGGCAUCACAGUGGUUUGUGGGAGGUGAAUUGGAUGAAUGUACUGCAAAUCCCAUAAUCCUUGGUCCACCCUCCGUCAAACUGCUGCAGCAUGUGAAGUGUGUCAUUUGGGAUAUGUGUGCCUGGUUUGGUUCAGUUGUGUGAUUUGUGGCAGUUGCUGUGGUCUCAAGAAGUGAGGGGAGGUACUGCAAAUUCCAUCAUCCUUGGUCCCUCCUGCCCCAAUAUACAUCAGGAUGUAAAGGGGUCGACAGGAGUUCUGUGUGCCAAGUUUGGUCCAUUUCUAUCAUUGGUGGGCAUUGCAGUAGUCUGUGGGAGUUAAAGUGUUUGAAAGUACUGCAAAUCCCAUCAUCUGUGGUCCAUCCUCCCCCAAAUGGCAGCAGGUCAUAAAGUGCAUUGUGGGGAUGAAGUGUGCCAAGUUUGGUGCAGAUCCGUCAUUCCUGUUGGUCUCAGUGGCCUGGGAUAGUGGCGGCCAAUCAAAACGCGAGCACAUAUUCCGCCAGGCCAAUCAAAACGCUGAUACAUACUCCGAUUUCACUUUUAUUAUAUAUAUAUAGAUUUAUUGUGUUUGAUAUACCUGUUUUAACAUUUUAUCUUGUAAGAUUGUCCUUUUCGAUUGUUUUACCGAUAUUGCUGAUUUAUUGUUGUAAAUUUGUGUUUUUGUUUUGAUUUUAUAUUGUGAUGUUGGGCAAGGCCCCAUGUGAGCCGCCCUGAGUCCCUUCGGGGAGAUGGGGCGGGGUACAAGAAUAAACUAUUAUUAUAUUAUUAUUAUUAUUAUUUGUAAUUUAGUUUGCCAUUUUUUCCAGAUUGACAACAUUGUUAAGCAAGGGCCUGCUUUUAUGUUCUUUAGGUCUUUUAUAUCUAUUCUCUCUCCCAUUGACGUUCCCUUUAGCCAAUUAUUUGCUUCCUUUUCUAUUUGCACCCAUUUUUUUGAUCCUUCCAAUUCGAAUUCUAGUAAUCUCACUAGUUGACUUGCCCCCCAUCCACCCAAUUCUUGUUUACUGUAAUAUAAGAAGUUAGCAAUUCUGUGUUUGUUUCCUCCCACUACCCAUUUUUUGAAAGAAUUAUCCCAUUUCUUCAACAAAUUGAUAGGGAUAUUCACCGGGAGGGUUUGGAACAAGAAUAAAAACUUGGGCAAGAUCUUCAUCUUGUAAAUUUUUAGCCUUGAGGAGAUAUCUCGAAAUUUCUUUCCCCAUGAAAUGAUUUGUUUGCUCAUAUUUUUCCAUAAAUGAUUGUAGUUCAUUGGUAUAAUAUUAUUAAUAUUUUUUGGUAUAUCUACUCCCAGGUAGUUCAUCUUCUUAUUCCCCAGUUUUAUUCCCAUGAUGUUUUGAACCUUCUUAAGUUCUUCGCAUGUUAGAUUUUUAUGUAGAAUCUCUGAUUUCCCUAAAUUAAUUGUGAGGCCCGAAGUUUUACCAAAAUCCUUAACUGUUCUGACUAUUGAUUGUAGUGACUCCUCCACCUCCCCUAAAAUUAUCAUAACAUCGUCAGCGUAUAGAUUAAUCUUGAUGACUUCCUUGCCCACCUUAUAACCUUUAAUAGCUGGGUUCCUUACUGAAUUUGCUAAGGAUUCAAUGGCCAAUGAGAAUAGGGCUGGGGAAAGGGGACAUCCCUGUUUAGUUCCCUUGUUAAUGUUUAUUUGUCUAGUUUGUUCCCCGUUAACUAAGAUAGUAGCUUUGUUUUGAAUAUAAAGUUCUUUUAUUACCUUACAUUUGAUUCAUAAGGCUAGUGCCAAAGUAAGUAGAGUCUCGAGAACCACUAUAUUAAAUGACAAGAUCAGACCUAGAGACAACAGUAGUGUGGCCACUUACGUUGACCAAUUUAUCUAAACAUGUAAUAAAAACUGUGAGAAAAUACUGGAAUUUGGUAAGUGACAUACCAGGUUGUGAACAUCCCCCUCUUAUAGCCCACAGGAGAACACAAAAUAUCAAAGACAUUUUGAUUCAUUCAGAUUUAGAUUCCACACAACACAUUACUAAAUCCAAGAGAAAAAUAUUGUUUCUACUGUGAAUGUAACAGUCCUUUGUUUGAUUGUUUAACAACGCCUUUUGUAUCUGUUUUCAUAUUGAUGUAUUGAACUAAAUUUAGGUUUAAUGAUUUCUGUAUUACUGUAAUAGUGGAUACUUGUCUUUGUCUUUUGAUCUGCCCACUCCGCUUCUGAGUCUGUUCAGGGACUUCCAAGUUGCCCAUUCUUGGUUUGGCCCUGGAGGAAGGAAGACCCUUGUGGGGGGCCAUCCAGUUGGGAUUGCCUGGUUUAGCUGCCCAGAGGGACACUCUUGCUGUUGCUGGAGGAACAUCAAGAGGAGGGGUGGUUCUCAUGAAGCCCUUCCUUGAUUUGAGUCUGGUGGGAGGAGGCAGAUAGUCAUCAUCAUUGUGAUGGCUUUCACAAUGUUCGUCAUUUCUCUCACAGUUAGCCACAACUUCCCAUCACACGUCAGGAAAGGCAAUGCCAGCUAACUUGUAGAGUUUAUCAACAGGUGUAGGUUUAAGGCCUCCUGUGAUGAUUCUGCAUGUUUCGUUCAGUGCUAUGUCCACCUGCUUCGCAUGGGCAGACUUGUGCCAGACAGGACAGGCUCACUCAGCAGUUGAGAAAGACAGGGCCAGGGCUGAUGUCCUUAUUACUUGUGGGUCUGCUCCCCAUGCGCUGCCAGUCAGUUUCCGCAGGUUGUUGUUGCGUGCAGCUACUUUGUGCUUGGUGUUCAUGCAGUGUUUCCUAUAUGUUAGUGUUCGAUCUAAGGUGACAUGAAGGUAUUUAGGAUGGAAACAGUGUUCGAGCUCUUGGCCUUCCCAAGUAACUUUCAGUCUCCUGUUGGCUUCACGGUUACGUAGGUGGAAAGCACACACUUGUGUCUUGGCAGGAUUAGGCUUCAGGUGGUUGUCUUUUUAGUAGCUGGAGAGAUCUUUCAAGGCAUUGGUGAGUUGCUUUUCAACUGUUUCAAAAUCUUUCACUUGUGUUGUUAGGCCCAGGUCAUCAGCACUCUUUGUGAGUGGUGGUAGUGGCUGAUCGUUCCUGAAGAUGUUAAAUAAGGUCUGUGCAAGAAUGCUGCCUUGGGGCAAACCAUUCUUUUGCCUCCUCCAUCUACUUUUUCCGGCCCUGAAACUCCGAGCUGGGGCAAGGGAAAGGCCUGUGCAAUACAGCUAAGAGGGCAGGGCUGAUGGCAAAGUGCAAGAGGCAGAUGAUAAGUUAAGGCUGGAAGGGCCAAUCAGAUUAGUACAGUACAAAUCCAGGGCAGGGAUAAUAGUAAAGUGCAAGGGCUGAGAAUUAAGUUAUGGCUAGAGAGAUCCAGUCAUUUAGUGAACUGAAUCAAUCAAAGGCACAUUGAAACAAACAUGAUUUUAGGUCUUUACAAAAAGUGGGCAGGGUUGGCGCUAGUCCCAAGUGUUGUGGUAAUCUCUGAGCGGUUAGACUCAAUUUAACCCUCUCUGGGGGAAGAUUCCACCAAAAUCUGCAGAGUUGCAAAAGCAAAGCUGUCAAAUACAACAGUUACUUACACUGGGUGAGCAAGAGAAGCCUUUAGGAUUGCAAUGGACUGCAGAGUCUCAAUAAAAGUUCAAAAAGUAUUUAUUCAGGUAAAAAGAACUCAAUUGUAGAUAGAAAGGUUUGGGAGCUGUCUAGACUACUAUAGACUGGUUUCUAAGGAAAAAUAAGAAAGGAAAAAUAACAAACAUCUACAUAGUUACAUCUUGCCAGGAGAGACGGCAGGAUGCUUCUUGUUAGCUUGAAGAACAAAGAGGGAAGAGAGAACCAAAAUGGUUCUGACCUCAUGGUCCAGUUUAUUGGGGCCAUAAAAGACAUUCUGACCAAUGGGAAGUUAGUAUCCCUAAAGAUUCACAUUUUUACUAACUUCAAAGUAAGGGAUGUGACAUAAACAGGAUAGAGUGAAACACAGUAAAGCCUGUCUAGGCAUGCUUUGGAAAUAGGGAAAGGAUUCCCUCAAUCUAACUCUAUCAUCUAUCUAACUACAUUUGGAUGAUUUCCCAACACCAGGAAUGUGUGGGCUGGGCAGGAGAGGGUUCAAAGGUCUUUCUGCAUGAACCCCCCCCCUCCGGAUCACAGGGGUGGGGAGGGCCAGAAGCUUCCUUGAGGCAACAAGGCUGCAGUUGAGGGAGGGCAAGCUCAUGCUUCACCACUGGCGGAUGCGCUGAGGGAGAAGCACCCGGCUCCUCCUCCUUGUCAAUCUCAACGUGGCUUUGAAUUAGCCAGUUAGGAAUGCAGGUCCUUGUUAGCUUGGAAGAUUCAUUUGGGAAAUGUGGCCGGAGUGACCCUUUGAGAUGCUGAGGAAGCAGAGUGGGGAGUCCCUGUGGCAGGGGAGAUAACGGCACAACCAAUAAAGAAAUCCUUGUUCCUUUGAGCAUUUAGCACAAUCCUGGUAAUUCACGGAAACCCAUGAUCCAGAAUAUGUUACACCCUUGAAUAAUGGAAGGAGUUCUGCCUGCCUGCCUGCCUGCCUUCUGUUCCUUUAACCACGUUUGGGUUUGACCCAAUGAAAUGGGUGUGGCCCUCCAAUAUUGGAAAAGGGUUCAGUUCUCUCCUUCUAUGAUUCCUUCCUUCUCUUAUCCUGUCCUUCUGUGUUUCCUCCCUUCCAUCUUUCCUUUCUUCUUUCCUUUUUCGCUUUGUUUGCCUUGAGCCAGAGGUAUGCGGCUUCAUGUCUAACCUUUGGCUUCUUCUUUCUUGACCAGGACGUGAGAGUUCUCUGGAGCCACCUCUGCCGUGAUGGGAAACGAACCAGCUUCUAGUCGAUAUUAAGGCAUUUGGAAACCAAAGUGCAGUAAGGAAACCAGUCCUCUAGGAAAAAGGAUUUCUCUCAAGGGGCUGAUCUUGCUGAAUUCCUACAUUCACUUUGGAUUAUAGAGUAGAACCAUAGAGUCGGAAGAGACUGCAUGAGGCACCCAGUCCAGGCCUCUGCCGUGCAGGAAAAGCGCAAAGUACCCCUGACAGAUGAGCAUCUAGCGUCUGUUUAAAAGAUUCCAGAGGAACCUCCACUACAUUUUCAGGCAGAGAGUUCCACCGCUCAACAGCUCUAACAGUCAGGAAGUUCUUAAUGUUCAGAUGGAAUCUACUUUCCUGUAAUUUGAACCCACUGCUGUGAGUAAUCAGAAAGGGAAAAACAAGAAUCAAGUGUUCUUAUUGGAAUUAAAUAUACAUAACACUGCUGACAUGGAGGAGAAAGCAUAUAAAUGUAUCGAUUGUGGAAAGAGCUUUAGUCAGCAUGGAAAGCUGAAGACACAUCAAAGGAUUCACACUGGGGAGAAACCCUAUAACUGCCUGGAGUGUGGACAGAGCUUCGCUGAUAGUUCAGGACUACGUUCCCAUCAAAGGACUCACACUGGGGAGAAACCCUAUAACUGCCUGGAGUGUGGACAGAGCUUUGCUCAUAGUUCAGGACUACGUUCCCAUCAAAGGACUCACACUGGGGAGAAACCCUAUAACUGCCUGGAGUGUGGACAGAGAUUCUCUAAUAAUUCACAUCUACAUAGACAUCAAAGGACUCACACUGGGGAGAAACCCUAUAACUGCCUGGACUGUGGCCAGAGCUUUGCUCGUAAUUCAGGUCUACGUUCACAUCAAAAGACGCACACUGGGGAGAAACCCUAUAACUGCCUGGAGUGUGGACAGAGCUUCUCUCAUAAUUCAAACCUACAUAGACAUCAAAGGACUCACACUGGGGAGAAACCCUAUAAAUGCCUGGACUGUGGCCAGAGCUUUGCUCUUAGUUCAGGUCUACGUAUACAUCAAAGGACUCACACUGGGGAGAAACCCUAUAAAUGCCUGGAGUGUGGACAGAGCUUCACUCAGAGUUCAGGUCUACGUAUACAUCAAAGGACUCACACUGGGGAGAAACCCUAUAAAUGCCUGGACUGUGGCCAGAGCUUUGCUCUUAGUUCAGGUCUACGUUCACAUCAAAAGACGCACACUGGGGAGAAACCCUAUAACUGCCUGGAGUGUGGACAGAGCUUCUCUCAUAAUUCAAACCUACAUAGACAUCAAAGGACUCACACUGGGGAGAAACCCUAUAAAUGCCUGGACUGUGGCCAGAGCUUUGCUCUUAGUUCAGGUCUACGUAGACAUCAAAGGACUCACACUGGGGAGAAACCCUAUAAAUGCCUGGAGUGUGGACAGAGCUUCACUCAGAGUUCAGGUCUACGUAUACAUCAAAGGACUCACACUGGGGAGAAACCCUAUAAAUGCCUGGACUGUGGCCAGAGCUUUGCUCUUAGUUCAGGUCUACGUAUACAUCAAAGGAUUCACACUGGGGAGAAACCCUAUACAUGCCUGGAGUGUGGACAGAGCUUUGCUCAGAGUAGAACUUUACGUUCCCAUCAAAGGACUCACACUGGGGAGAAACCGUAGAAAUGCAUGGAGUGUGGACGGAGCUUUUCAUGGAAUAAGCUUAUACAUAGAAAUCAUAGAAUUCACCCUGGAGAGAAAGAUGUUAAUUGACACCAGAGUGUCAUUCUAACAUGUACAAAAGCAACUCUUGCACAUUUUGGAAAUUCAAGCUCAAAGUUGGGACAUUUCAUCACAUGUGGUGUAUUGUAGAAAGAUUGAACUAAAAUAUGUUCCAUUCUGGAAGGAAACAAGGUUACAUGAAACUAGAGUUUUAUAUGCUGAGAAUGUUGGAUGAUCAAUUAGAAUGAAAGCAUGGGUAGUUACUGUGAGAUACUCAAGUAAGAAUUGACUGUACACAGGGAUGGAAGGAAUGUUUUAUUCCAAAGCAAAAACAAUGGCUUAUGAAGACCUGCAAAUUAGCCACAAUGAACAAACUGACAACAACAACAUGGGCAAAUGUCAGUUGUAAUAGGUAUCAAUUGGAAGAGUGUUAUCAGAAAUAGAAGUGUUGUUAUAUUAUCGAAAGGGAGUAGAAUAAUGAGAGAUAAAAAUUAACAGAUAGAAUGAGGCUUUUAGGCACGUAUCCCUGUCUGUUUGUUAGUUCAGUUGUGUGUCUAUGUAGGUCACUGUUUUGCUAGUGUGUUAGUUUCUGAUUUAGUUUUGUAUCUCAUGUAGUAGUUAGUUUCAUGUUCAGUUGAAGCAUUAUAAAUUAUUUCUGCCUUCCUUGUAUUGUUACUUUUAAUUUUUUUUUUUAUUUUCAAAAAAUAGGGUGAUUUAUAAGGGUCAAAACGGCUGAUACUGGAGGGGUGGGUAGAAAUGGCUGACUUAUCGAUUUUCUGUAUUUGAAAACAAAUUGUAAUGCUUAGAACCGCUAUUAUGAAUUGUGAUGCAUGUUAACUAUAUAACUAUAUAAAAUUGAUUAUAGACAUAUAAUUGACACUGAAUCAGACAUGUAUACAAUAAAUUAGUCUUGAUGUAUCAA